GAAGCACAAGCCGCCAGCGGCGGCAGGGAAGGGGACGCCACCGCCGCGGCGCGCCCACGCCGCAGGGCUACCGCGCCACCAGACGCCGCGGCGGCGCCAUGGGGAGGCUUAACGCCGACCUGAUUCGGCGGAGCCCCCAGUUUAUCAGCGCCAUGAAGGAGCGCGUCCUCGACCUCCGAGGCAACAAGAUCGGCAUCAUCGAGAACCUCGGUGCCACCGAGGACCAGUUUGACAUGAUUGAUUUGUCGCACAAUGAGAUUGUCAAGCUUGAGAACUUCCCUUUCAUGAAUCGCCUUGGCACUCUGUUAAUCAACAACAAUAGAAUUACAUGUAUCAGUCCGAACCUUGGUGAGCUUUUACCCAAGAUGCAUACUUUGGUGCUGACGAAAAAUCGCCUCACAAGUCUUGCGGAGAUUGACCCCCUGGCCUCUCUUCCAAAGCUGCAAUUUCUCAGCUUACUGGAUAAUACCGUAACUAAGCAACCAGAUUACCGGUUUUAUGUGAUCCACAAGCUGAAGCAUCUGCAUUUGCUGGACAUAGAGAAAGUGAAACAACAGGAGAGAGCUGAAGCAGUGAAAAAGUUCCACCCAAAGGAGGCAGAGGAGGCUACAGAGAAGGUUGCUGUCAAAGCUCGUACUCCAGCAGUGGUGGAUGCUCAAGGUACCACAAAAGAGCAAGGUCUUAAAGUAGUCGCUCCAACGCCUGCACAAAUCACAGCUUUCAAGGCUGCUAUCAUGAACUCUCAGAUGCUUGACGAAGUUACAAGGCUUGAGAAGGCGUUGAGCACUGGCCAAGUUCCUACUGAGUUUGUGCUCCCCAAGCUUGUCACCAAGAUGGCUGAAGUGUCCGAGGAGGCUGAAGCUGCGAAGAUGGAGGCAGAUGGUCAGGACCAAGAGGAUGGGGCUGAUGGGCAGAAGCAAACUGAUGGCACCUCGAUUGAAGAGGAAAUGUUGGGGGUUGGUCUAGACUCCGCCUCUACAGAAAUAUGCCACAUACAAUCAUAUAUAUACAAGAAUUUUCAGCGAGCCGACUUCAAUUUCAUAUUCAGUUGGAGGAAAAGGCCUUUCCGUGGCUUGCAUAUUAUCCCACCACCAAGGAGGCAGGAGCCAGGUAAGUCAUGCACACUAAACAUGCCAUAAUGUGUGUGUCCUUUGUGAUGAUGUGAGUGUGGUGUAUGUCUGAACUAAAUGUUAGUAGAAACUGGAAAACCGCAAAUAUCAGCAAGCUAAAUGAUGACCAAGUUGGUGUGAGCCAAAUUUGAGCGGAAACAUGGCUUUGUCAAUUUUUGAGCCAAAACAAGGGACCCUUGCAUCACAAGUUCACAACAUCACCGCGCCUGCCAUGCUGAACCAUGACCCUACCCCAUAGAGCCGUCUCUGCAUCGGAAUUGUAUGCCGCCACCCAGCCCCAAUCACAUAGACAUAUCUGGCAGAGAGCCAAAUCCAAAAAUCCACUAGUGUCCAUCAAUGCGCCUCGCCAGCAAUCCUCUUUUUCUCUAUUUCUCCUCCCACCAUGCCGGCCAUGGAUGCCUUGCUGCUGCUGCGCAUCCUCAUCGUCGCCGCGGCCAUGGAUGCUCUGCCGCUGCCGUGCGUCCUUGUCGUCGAACGCGGCGGGCAGGCGGUUCUCCAGUGUGAGGCGGUAGUCGACGACAUCACGGCUGGGGAGCUGAGCAACGAACUUGUGGUAGCAGCUCCACGUGGCAGAGCCGCCGCUGAACCUGCUACCAUGGAAGUACACCACCACGGGGACCUUCCUGCUGCAGCGGCAGCACGUACAGGCAUGCCCACACCCCCAUGAAGGGGGCAUCAGGAUAGCUGGCAGGCGCUAUAUGUGCAUGUCCUUGUACACGCGGAUGAGCCCGUGUAUCUCCUCGAUGAUGGCGACAUGCCCCCGCCGUUCUUGGUGACGUGCUGCUGGAAGCUGACCCAUGGCCGGCCCGCGCACUACUCCCGUGCGCACGCCCGCAGCCACGCCACGCACUACUCCCACCAGCGCCAAGCAGAGGAGGGUGGCCGGCGGUGGAAUGAGGUGGCGCCGCUGGGUGCCGACGCGUCCUGAGGACCCUGCAGGCGGGCGUUGCUAUGCAUGCGGCACGAAGGGCCGCGCCCGGCCACGAUGUCGUGGAGGAGCUACUGUGCCUGCCAGGUGUUUGAUGAAAUACCCGUGGAGGACAUCCCAAAUGCUGUAGCACCGUUAGGUACAAAGACCAUGUCCGGACGUGUCCUUCUGUCUGCUAUCCGUUUUGCCGACCUAAACAGAUAAAAUCCGGGCAAAUUGGACGUCCGCCUGGAUCGUGCCUUGGAGUUGGCCUUACAACCGCACUCGCACGACUAUCAAUGAUUUAACCAACAUGAACAGACUAGAUACCAUGCCAGAUCCCCUACUCACCACUAGCUCGCCGAUGCCUGAGCCACCAUCUAGUCUCUUUUGACUCAUCCAAUUUCCACAUCCUCGCUGCCGCCUGCGCUAUCUGAUGUGCUCAGUUCGCCGACCUAGUGGGCCAGGUCUUGGAAUAGCUCAUGUGCCCUUUAGUAUCACCACAACACAUUUAAGGGUGGUGCAUUGACUAAGUACGAGUGCACUCACAAUAUUGGCUUUGGUUUUUACAAUGUGGCCGAACUUUGGCAGGCAUUUAGCAAUACAAUCCACUUGCAUUCUAAUUAAGGUCUCUACUGUCAUAACGCAGUGAGGCUACAUACUGUGUAUGCAAACUGGUAGUACGUGGCAAACUAGAUGGUCGAUCUUAUACAGAAAAAAGUUGCUCUUAAGCUUGCGAUCCUACAACAUGUCCAACUUGUAAUUAAGUUAAGAUCGUUAAGGUAGGAGAUUAUCCAGACUCAUCAUUAUUUGUUUUUUCUAAGUAUGACUUGCUAGAUUAGUUGUUUUUUGUUACCACAAGCAACCACGAUGUAACUGGUUUGCUGGAGGCCAUCCAGGGAAUCCACAUGAUGCUUAAUCCUAUUCAUCUGUUUUGUGGCACUUAGUUUCUUAUAUUGCCGAUUUGUAACAUGCAUCCCUACAAUAACACACACAAACCGUAUGGCUUGUUGUGGUGAUUUGGUUAAUCCACAUAAUGCUCAAAAUGAAUUAAAUACUCAAAAGGGCUAUCAAAAAGAAAUACCCUCUGAUCCAUAUUAGUUGCCACUCAAACAGAUGUAUCUAGAACUGAAAUACGUCUAGAUGCAUCCAAUGCGACAAGUAAUUUGGAUUGGAGGGAGCAACUGUUUUGGUGGCAAGGCCAUACUCUCUAUGGCGCCUGAUUUAGAGGUACAAAUCUUAGAGACUGAAUGUGGGUCCUAUCUGAGAGGCUGUGCUGGAUGGAGAAGAGAAGUUAUUGUGGUACUGGUUACGUACAAAAAUCAGGUGUUUGUCGGUUUGUGUUUUCAUGAGGGCUCAAAGCUUCAAAAGAUGAAGUCUGAACAGGGAUGCCUUAAAUUGACAACUUGGCACCUUUUGGCCUCUAGGCGAGGAAGUUGUUUUAGCCUACCUCUUAGUGUAGCAGGAGAGUAUCCAGCUUUAGAGGUUGUAAUAUUUUUUUUGUAGUUUUAAGGUCAUUUUUUUAUCCAUUACCAACUUGGUAAUGAAUUUGUAAUAUGACAUUGUUACUUCCAUCAGAAAAUUGUAAUAAUUCAUUUUAUUAAU